UAAAACUCAAACCAACAUGGAAUACACUGAAGAAGACAUAGUCAGUGCCUGUAGAAUGAACAACUUUCAUAUGUUAGAUCAGAUCUUAUCUUCUCCGAAUGGAGCAAAGCUUUUGGAUGCUCAAGAAAAAGUGUUCGGAUGGACUCCUCUCUAUCGUGCAGUGAUCAUAAGUAAAUUCAAAAUUGUGAAAUAUCUACUCGAUCAUGGAGCAGAUGUCAACAUUCAGAAUAAGGAAGGUGAUACUGUACUCCAUCACGCUUGAAGUUCAUUCAACCUUAAAAUAGUCGAAAUGCUCCUCAAAUCUGGUCAAGAAGGCAGUGUCAGACUAGAUCUGUAUAAUCUCAAAGGAGAUACAGCUCUUCAUACUGUUUGUUAUGGAGAUAACGCUGUAAUAUGAAGAAUGCUCUUGAAUAAAGGGGCUGACCCGAAUUGCCACAACAAAGUUAAUGGUAACACACCGGUUCACCUAGCUUUUGAAGGAGGAAAUGCUGAAAUAGCAAAGCUGCUGAUUUCAUAUGGAGGAAAGUUAGAUGAGAGAAAUUACAAGGGGAAAACCCCUCCUGAACUCUCUUCAAGACUUAACCGCAAGAGAAUUAUGAGUAGGCUAGGAUCCUCCAAAAGUAGCAAACUUAGCUCUGUACAUUACCCAGAGAGUUUUAACAGAAGUGGGGUUGGAAUAGGCUCUGUGGAAAAAGUUAGAUCAGAUCAUUGUCAGGAAGAAAUUAAUCUCUCUGACCAUAAUCCUUUGGAUGAAGAGGAAGAGGGCCUCAAAGUCUACUUAUCUUCUCACAAGGAUGAUGGUGAUGAAAACGAAGAGGUCGACAUAGACAGUAAUGUUGAAGACAAAUUUUUCACUUUUCGUUCACCCAAGGAAGACAAACAAGAUGGACAAAAUGAAACUGAGAAAUCACCAGAAGUUCAUGUUAAUCACCAAAUUACUACGAUCGAGCCUGCUAGAGCUAAGAGCCCGCUUAAAUCCAGAAAUGACAGACUUUUCAGAGGUGCUUUCACCAGUGAGAGCAAUACAGAGUUUGAAGUGAAUGAAGCCGGAACUUUUGAAGUAGAAAGACAUUCAGAAACUCAGAUAAUUGAAGAAGAGAAAUUCAAUACUUUUUGAGACUCAGAUUCCUUCUCCGAUAAUGGUUAUGAAAUUUCUGACUGAAAGGAGAUUGACCGGGACAUCCCUGAGGAACAAUUUGCUGCUCAGGCUUUUAUCAACAAGGCUGAUAUCGACCCUAUAGAAGCAUUUCCUGCUGAUUUUAAGAUUGAAGAUGAUGAGAAGCUGGAUGAAAGCUCUUUAUUUCAGAGUCCCCAGAGGAAAAGGAAAAAUAUGAUCCUUGAAAGUAAUGAAAGAAGCAAAAUUCAUAUUGUGUCUACACAUGAAAAUUUUAUAACUGUGGAUAUGAGCCAGGAAAAAGCCAAAUGAAAUGUACAAUCAUUUGACAAGAAAUUCGAUGAUACAGAAUAUACGAUAAAAAGGGAGCCUAGAAUCCAAUCAGAGAAUAUCACUCCACUACAAUUUUCAGAAGAAAUUGCUACUUUUGACAAAAUUCAUAAAGAGAGGAAGAUUACUACAGGAGAGAAUCCUUUCAGAGUAGCUGCUCUUAAGAGUACAUCUGCUGAUUUACUUAACAUUCAGAGUCCCAGGAUCACUGUAGAAGAACACAAGCAAAGAAAUCAGUAUAACUCAAGGAUCAUGAGGUCCCACAGUGCUGAUCUUGUAACGUGAUGGAGAGAUGAUUCACUAAAUUCAAUUGAUUUCUUUUGAGGAAUUAUGCAUAAGUCAAGUACAGAUUUACCCGUUCUCCUCCAAUACAACAACCUUGCAGAUGACCAAGAGCUAAUCAAGGGAGAAGAGGAGUACAGCCCAGAGGAAGAUGAGCUCAAUAUUCAUGAUUUCAAGUUAUUCUCUACUGAAAAACACCGGGAAGAUGACAUCAGUAAUGAUGAAACUCCAAGAUUUGACAUGAAAGAAGUGGCUAAUAAGUUCUCGAAAACCCGCGCAGAGUUUGAAUGCUCCUCCUCCAACAGAGAUCUUGAAGAGACUAAGGAGAAGGACCUCGCGGUCAUUUUAGAGCGUGAGACAGAGGAUGAGGUAACUGAGUGAAACCCCAGUUAUUGUCCUUUUGAUGAUUCCUAUAAUAUUGCAUUGGAAGAAAGACAUUCAAAUGUUUAUUUAACUAACAUGCAAGGAAUGAAAGACCGUAAUCAAGAUCUUAAAAACAAAUUUUCACAAGAAAAUGGUCUCGAAUGAAUUGAUGAGGAGAAUGUAAUUGAUGAAGAGAAUGUAAUUCAUGAAGAAGAGAGUAUCUCUCAAUAUAAGUCUUUGGAUAUUCCUGAAAUGAUUUUUGGCCAGAAAGACUUCAUCGACAGAAGCAGUCAAUUUAAAAUAAGCGAAAGAGGAGGAUCAGAAUGUUACUGUUGCUUAAUGAAAUCCUAA